GAACUGGGAAUUGCUGUAUUCUUUGACAUGGAUUUCUCAUCUCCAUUGCUUUCUCUCUUUUUCUGUAUAGGACCAGUUGUCCUGGCUGCAUAGCUUAUUGAUUACAAUAUUUGUCACUUAAGAGCUCUCCGUGCGGUUAACAGACGGGCAUGGCUGUGAGAGCUUGUGGCUUGAUCAUCUACAGGAGGCUGCAGUCGGCACCAUCUUCUAAGGUCACUGAUGGUAUUGAAUACCUCCUCCUUCAGACAUCCUAUGGGACCCAUCACUGGACCCCACCCAAAGGCCACGUGGACCCAGGUGAGGAUGACCUGCAGACAGCUUUCCGGGAAACGCAGGAAGAGGCUGGUCUUCAGGCCAGUCAGCUCACCCUCAUAGAGGGGUACAAGAAAGAACUGCACUAUCCUGUCCACGGCAAACCUAAGACCGUCAUUUACUGGCUGGCAGAAAUGAAGGACUGUAACACAGAAAUCAAGCUCUCGGAGGAGCACCAGGCUUUCCAAUGGCUGAAGCUGGAGGAUGCUUGCAAAUUUGCGGAAUACGAAGACAUGCAAGCUACGUUGAAAGAAGUGCAUCAGUUUCUCUGCUCCAAAGAACAAAUGCUUUUGUGAAGGAUAAGGGGAGUUUUUGAAGAAGC